AUGUUAAGAGAUUUUGUGAUCAAUUUGAAGGGUAGUUGGGAUGAUCACAUACCUCUCAUAGAGUUUGAUUAUAAUAACAGCUUCCAUUCCAGUAUUCAGAUGCCCCCUUAUAAGGCAAUGUAUGGGCGUAGAUGCAGGUCUCCUAUUGGUUCGUUUGAAGUAGGUGAAGCAGCCUUGAUUGGACUAGAUCCGAUUCAUGACGCUAUGGAGAAAAAUCAUCUCAUCAAAGAUAGACUAAAGAAAGCUCAAAGUGAUCCGACAUCGAUAGUACAUUUAGAGAGUGUUGUUGUGAAGGAUAACCUAACCUUUGAGGAGGUUCCACGUGAGAUUCUUGAUCGCCAGGUUCUUUGGUUGAGAAAUAAGGAAGUCAAUUCUGUAAAGGUAUUGUGGAGGAAUCAGUCCGUUGAGGGAGCUACAUUGGAAGCACAAGCAGACAUGAUGGCCAAGGGUCACCUGGACGGCACCUUAGACGAUCCGUCUAGGGCUUCACGGCUCGUAAAGGGCAUCUUGAACCACCCUUCAGGGGCUUUCUGGGAGGGAGUCACCUAG